AUGGUGGCACCAGGCAUCGGCGGUCUCGACACGCCGCGCACAAAUAUUGGCGAUGCGACAUACCUCAGCAGACAGCCCGACUUCGAUAUUUCUCAGGAGGCCUCGUUCCAGUCUCCUCCAGCGAAGGAGAACAACGUGCUCCAUCAACUGCGCAAUGGACGCUCUGGGGGUAUCAACCUUCGAACCCCGCGCGGUCGCGGUCCCUUCGCAGACCGAAAAAACCUGCCUGCCGGUCUUGGGGGGGCCGAGUUUACGCCAAUGCUCAAGUCUGCUACGCGAAACAGCAUCCGCCGUAGGUCUGGCAAAGAGAAUGGCGCCGUACCGAACACGCCCGCACUUGGCAGGGUCGACGAGGAUAUGACACCAAUUCCCAACAUCGACACCUCCAUGUACCAGUCUCGCUCGUUCGUGGAUCGUACACCCCUUCCAGAAGCGGACAGCACGAGUACUGCCACUACACCGCUUGUUGUGCUACCGCGACGCGACGGAAAGGGACCUCUCCAGGACGGCAACCAACUGUCGCUUCGAGAGCAGGAAAGCGUGAUCGAUAAAAUCGAAAAAGAAAACUUUGGCCUCAAGUUGAAGAUUCACUUCCUCGAAGAAGCCCUCCGGAAGGCCGGUCCUGGCUUUAGCGAGGCGGCAUUAAAAGAGAACACCGAGCUGAAGGUCGACAAAGUUACCAUGCAAAGGGAACUUCACAAGUACAAGAAGCACCUUACAUCGGCGGAAAAGGAUCUCGAGAGUUAUCGACAACAAAUGAUGGACCUGCAAGAAAAAGCCAAGCGGAAGUAUGCAGACCAGAAGCAGCUGGCAGAGAUUGAGCGCUUGCAGCAAGCCCUGGAAGACAGAGAAGCCGACCUUGACGACAUGCAGCGCCAGCUGAACCAAGGGCAACAAGACCAAGGCCAAGUGGAAAAGCUGCAGGACGAGAUUGGUGAUCUGGAAGCAGAACUUCGCGAGAAGGAGCGUUUGCUUGGUGAUCAAGAAGAUGAAAUCGACGACCUCAAAACGAAGCUGGAAGAGAUGGAAGACAAGAUGAAGGAUACCCAAAGGCGGAUGAUCGAGCUCGAGCAGAAUGCGCAGUCCAACGACGCCUUGGAGGAGGCGAAAGAUACCAUCGACGAGCUGGAGACUAAUGUCCGUCGCCUAGAGGACCAGGUCAACGACAUGAAAGACAAGCUCAACCAGGCAAUCGCAGACAAGGAACAGGCUAAGGGCGACUUGGAAGAGCUUCAAGACGAACUAGCGAACAAGUCCAUGGUCACCAAAGGUCUUUCUCGACAGAAGGAAGAAAAGCUUCUGCGGUUGCAGACUGAGCUGGAGGAGGCGGACUCUAAAUUCGCCCACAUUGAAAAGCAGCUCUCGGAUACCAUCAAGGAGAACGAAAACCUCAAGACUGCUGCCAAGGAAAGCCUUCGCGAACGCGAAGCCGCCGAUCUGGAACAUCAGUCUCGACUCGCCAGGAUCGAAUUGCAGCUUUCCGAAGUGACGAGAGAAAAAGAAAAGCUCAAGAGCAUCGCUGAAGAUGGCCGUCAAGAGCAGGAAUUCUCUGACCGGGAACGUCAGUCGCUGUUGGCUCAGGUGGAGGACCUCAAACAUGAGCUGCAGUCUAGGCUGGAUGAGAAGAACCUAUUGCAGAGCCGCCACGAAGCACUGACGAGCGAGUCUGCCUCUCUACAACGUGACGUGGCACGUCUGCAGAAAUCCGUCGAUGAGUUGGAAGAAAGUCUUGCCCAAGAACGGGACCAUGCCUUGGAGAUCGAAAGGGAUAUCCGUGGUCAAUAUAGAGAUGAGAUUGACAGGCUGAACGAUGAGAUCUCGGACCUCCAGGCCGAAAUUCGCGAAAAGGACAACUUGUACGACAACGACAGUGAAAAAUGGGAGACGGAUCGCCACACUCUGGAGUCAGAACGCAAACGGGCGGAGGAGAAGGCGACCGGACUGGAAAGGACCAUCGAGAAGCUCCGCGAAGCAGAAGGAAAUUUGUCAACCAAGGAAUCCAGACUGCAGGAAGCACUGGAGAGUGAGGCCCAGCGCCACAAGGAUGAGCAGGCUUCGCUCACCCGGCAAAUCGAGGACCUUCAGCAAAACCUUGAGUCCCGUCAGGCUACGCUCACCGAGCUGCGAGGUGAACUCUCACAGGUCCAAGACGAACUCCGGCAGACUCAGCUGGACUACCAAGCGCAAACGGAGAAGGUUGAAGCGUUGGAGGAUGAGGUGGAGGUUCUCCAAACGACUCUGGAUGAGGAGUCGGAGCAUUCUCGAGAGGAGCUGGAAGCAGCGAAAAGAGAAUGUGAUACCUUGAGACAGCAACUGGACGAAUUGCGUCAUGGGGCGGUUUCGGUCUCACAAGAGAGCGCCAAGUCGAACCAAACCAUCGACCGGCUUCGAGCACAGCUUGACGAGGCGACAUCGCUCGUAUCCAAGCUCAACAAGGAAAAAGACUUGCUCCAGGACCAACUUCAGACGCAGAUCUCAGAAUCUACUGUGCGGGUGAACAAGGUGUCUCGGGAAAAACAGUCGCUACAGGACCAACUUGCCAGCCUAAACCUUGAGAUGCAUUCUCUGCGCAGCUCAUUGGCCGAAGCCAGAGCAGAGCGUGACGAGAUCGAGAGCGGGAUGAAGCGUAUGCAUCAAAACGGCGAAGAAACGUUGCGCAUUGACCGCGAGCGAUUGGACUUGAGGACGUCCAAGAUGAAGCUCGACAACGAAGUACGACGACUGAAGGAUGAGAAUGCCGCCUUGAUGGAGCAGAUGCAGUCAGUUGAGAAGUCACUAGAGGACGAGAUCGAAAAGGCCGCCGAAGAAGAAGAUCGCCUUAACCAGGAGAUCCGUCAGCUCCAAGCCAAGCUGCGAGAGGUGUCUUCUACAGAAGGCCACGAAUCGGUUGCUACCCGGCGCACCAUCCGUGAGCUUGAGCGGCGCAUUAAGGAUUACGAGGACCAGCUAGCACUGACACAGCAGCUUCCUGCCAAUGCCGGUGAAGGCAACAGCGAGAUAUCUAUCAUCCGCCGUGACCUCUCUACGGCACGGCAGAAGGAGCGGGAAUACCUUCAACGAGAGGCAGCCCAUAAAGAAGUUGUCAAGGGUCUCAAGAAGCAAAUCACGGAGCUGGAGCGGAAAGCUCACGAUGCUGAGAUGUCCCGACUGAUCAUGUCUCCUGCAUCGUCCAGCCCUUCGGCCAGGAAGUCUGAAGUGUCCGAACUACGGCAUCAACUAUCUUCGGCACAACAGUCAAUGCACGACCUCAAGACCAAGACUCGCGACGCUGAACGUAGAGCCUCGCAACUUGAGCGAGACUUCCAAACACAGCUCGACGAUCUGGAGGAUCAGAAACUUGCUCUCGAGCAGGCUCUGGAGGACGCUCAGCGAGAUGCUGAGGAAGCAGCUGCUCUGCACGAGAAGGCUCUCCGCCGACUCCAGCAUAAGCUCGAAAGAGCAGAGCAAGACCGGCAACUCGUGGCCCACGGCCGUCACAACAUCGACAACAUGUCGUCUUCUGAACGAAGGGAUCUCCAGGAGAUGCUUCGUAGAACACAAACCGAGGCAGACGCGCUCGAACACGACGUUAUCCAGCAGCAAGAGACCAUCGACGCAUUGAUGGCUGCCGAAGGCUCCCUUCGUCGCAAGCUGGACAGGGCACGCAGUGAGCGGGCAGCCUACCGCCUGACCGCAGAGAAGCUGCAAAAAGACAUCAGGGACCUCAAGAGGCUCGCCGCGGCCGAGCAGAAGGACCCACAGGCAGUUCGCUUCGCCGACCAGAGGAUGAGGGAGACGGACGAGGCACUGGAGACAGUCAUCCGCGCCGCCGAGAACGCAGACGCGAAGCACACCAAGGAACUCCGCGGCAUGACGCUGCAAAUGGAGUGGAUGCAGGCGCGAUGGAAGCGCGAGGUCAGCAUGCGCGCCGACGCGGCGUAUGCGAAGAAGUUCUUGCAGCUAGAGCUCAGCAUUGCCAACGCAUGCAACAAGGCACAACUGCGCGAGCUUGAACAGAUCCGCUGCGAGCUCCUCGGCAGCCGCAAAGCCCUGCCGCCCCCGUCCUCGGCACCAGCGAAGAAGCACGGUACCACGGCAUCUGGCCGGCCGACGCUCAAGACGGUGGCGACGAUGGCACGCUUCAUCGCCAGGAUGCGCAUCUCGGCGCGCGAAUGGGCCAAACACGAGGCCACACGCCAGAGGUUAGCGAACUGCGUCGACGAGAUGCGCAAGACCAGGAGACGGAAGCAGCUCAAGGUAGUACCGGCGGACGACGUCGUUGCCUGA